AUCUCUAUAUAAAUCUAAACUUGUCUUAUGUACUUUCAUUAACUACAAACACACAAACAUAAAGAAAAUGAGUAACGAUAAUGAUUCAUCGAAGUCACUCACCGGACCACACUUUCUUUUUGUGACAUAUCCAGCCCAAGGCCACAUCAACCCAUCUCUCGAGCUAGCUAAACGCCUCGCCGGAACCUUCAUCGGAUCUAGAGUCACCUUCGCAGCCCCAGUCGCCGCCUACAACCGUCGUAUGCUCUCCAAAGAAACCGUCCUCGAAAACCUUACCUUCGCCACUUACUCCGAUGGCCAUGACGACGGCUUCAGACCCUCUACAUCCUCCGAUAAAUCUCGCCAACAUAGCUCCCGACAGUACCUGUCCGAAAUGAGACAGCGUGGGAGAGAAACCCUAACCGAACUAAUCGAAGAUAACCGGCGUCAAAACCGGCCUUUUACCUGCGUGGUUUACACCAUCCUCCUCACUUGGGUCGCUGAGCUGGCGCGUGAGUUUCAGAUCCCUUCUGCUCUUCUCUGGGUCCAGCCCGUUACGGUCUUCUCCAUCUUCUACCACUACUUCAACGGCUACGCCGAUACAAUCUCAGAGAUGGCUGAUAACAACCCUUCUGGUACUAUUAAGCUUCCCUCUCUGCCACUGCUCCGUCUCCGUGAUCUUCCCUCCUUCAUCGUCCCUACAAACGCAUAUGCGUUUGUUCUACCGGCGUUUCGAGAACAGAUAGAGUCGCUGAAGCAAGAGGAAAACCCUAAGAUCCUUGUUAACAGCUUCCAAGAGCUUGAACAAGAAGCUCUAACCUCGGUUCUUGAUAACUUCAAGAUUGUCCCUAUCGGUCCGUUGAUAACCUCGAAGACCAACUCCGAGACUAACGCUGAGUACGUCGAGUGGUUGGAUACAAAAGCAGAUUCUUCCGUGCUUUAUAUCUCGUUUGGGACGCUUGCCGUGUUGAGCAAGAAACAGCUUGUGGAGCUCUGCAAGGCGUUGAUAGAGAGUCGGAGGCCGUUUCUGUGGGUGAUUACGGAUAAGUCGUACAGAAGAAGUAAAGAAGAUGUGGAAGAGAAAGAAGAAGAGAGCAUAAGCAGUUUCAGAGAAGAGCUCGAGGAGAUAGGAAUGGUGGUUUCUUGGUGCGAUCAGUUUAGGGUGUUGAAGCAUAGAUCGAUCGGUUGUUAUGUGACGCAUUGCGGGUGGAACUCGUCGCUGGAGAGUUUGGUCGCGGGAGUUCCAGUGGUUGCGUUUCCGCAGUGGACUGAUCAGAUGACGAACGCGAAGCUUUUGGAAGAUUGUUGGAGGACAGGUGUGAGAGUGAUGGAGAAGAAGGAAGGGGAAGAAAUUGUGGUGGAGAGUGGGGAGAUACGGCGGUGUAUUGAGGAAGUGAUGGAGGAGAAGGCGGAGGAGUUUAGAAGUAACGCGGCGAGGUGGAGAGAUCUAGCGGCGGAAACGGUGAGAGAAGGAGGAUCUUCGUUUAAUCAUCUCAAAGCUUUUGUCGAUGAGCACAUGUGAGAUUCAAUCUAAAAGAAUUUAGUUCCACAGCUUCUUUUCUAAAGAGUGAUCAAGCCCUCGAAUUCAGUUCCACAGCUUCUUUUCUUUGAAGUCUGCAAUUUAAUUUUCAAAAAAAUUAUUACAGUGGUUUUCUAUGACACUGAUUCUUUUGUUAUGUUGGCUAAUUUGAAGUCUGUUUUUUUUUUUGAAAUAUCAAUUAAAAUAAUGAAA